CCAGAUUGUCAAGUGUCUGUCCUUGUGCUGUGCCCGGCGGUGCCUUUACCUCUUAGCAUUACACAGAAGUUUGCCAAAAUGUACAGACAACUUAUGAGACUUCAGCAGCUUUCAAGGAAGACCAUCACCACCAGUUCCCGCAGGCAGUUAGCCAACUCUGUGAAGGAAAAACAAAAACUGUUUCAGGAGGAUAACGGUAUGCCUAUCCAUCUGAAGGGCGGGUCGAAGGACGCAGUGCUCUACAGAGCCACAAUGACUCUCACUGUGUUUGGGAGUGGAUAUGUCGUGUACGAGCUUUUAAGUGCUGCAAUGCCCAAAAAGCCACAGUGACACAGGAAUGAGUUUAUUUAUCUGAUGAAACAGUCAUGCACAUGCUGUACAGAUUGCUCAGAUUUUUCUUCUGGGAAAUUACUUGUCCUAUCAAUAUGUUUUAUGUUUGAAAUAUUUAUGAAUCAUACAAAUCAUGAGUUGCAAAUAAUAAUAAAAAAUUACAUCUUGUGAAAUUGUGUAACUUUUUAA